UUGGUCCUCACUGAUACAGACGCGAACUCUCUUUCUCUCUCUCUCUCUCUCUCUCUCUAGACAAUAGAAUUCCAUGGCUUGCGAGGCAGAGGAUCAAAGCCCUAGAUUCUUCGUAGCAGUACACGUAGGCGCGGGAUAUCACGCGCCUUCCAACGAGAAAUCCCUCAGGUCUGCUAUGAAACGCGCGUGCCUCGCCGCUGCUUCGGUUCUUCGCAAGGGCUCUGGCAGUUGCUUAGAUGCUGUUUCCGCAGCUAUUCAAGUGUUAGAGGAUGAUCCUAGCACAAAUGCGGGUCGAGGCUCCAAUUUGACAGAAGAUGGUCAUGUGGAAUGUGAUGCCAGUAUUAUGGAUGGUGAUUCUGGAGCAUUUGGGGCUGUUGGGGCAGUGCCAGGCAUUCGAAAUGCCAUCCAGAUUGCUGCUUUAUUGGCCAAGGAUCAAAUUAUAGGAUCUUCUUUGUUGGGUCGAAUACCUCCCAUCUUCUUGGUUGGUGAAGGAGCCCGAACAUGGGCAAAGUCCAAGGGCAUUGCUUUGCCAGUGACUGUAGCCGAGGCUGAUAAGUGGCUGGUUACAGAAAGGGCAAAAGCACAAUGGAAAAAAUAUAAAGUAAUGGUCGAUGAUGCCAAAGCUAAAACAGAAAUUCCUGCUGUGGGACUUUCUUGCAGUCUGCAAGAUACUGCUGCAAUACCAGUGCAACCAUGUAUACCAAGUGCUUUGGAAGAGGAUUGCAUCAUGGACACUGUCGGAGUUAUUUGUGUCGACACUGCAGGGCACAUAGCGACUGGGGCAUCAAGUGGUGGUAUUGCACUGAAGGUUGGUGGGCGUGUGGGACUAGCAGCAAUGUAUGGCUCAGGUUGUUGGGCAUCCUCAAAAGGUCCCUUUGGGUCUCCUUUUAUGGUUGGUUGUUGUGCUACUGGUGCAGGAGAAUCCCUAAUGAGAGGUUUUGCAGCUCGGGAGUGCUGUGUCUCAUCAUCAAUAUCACAGGUUGGUCCUGCCUCUGCUUGCAUGAAAGUUUUACGCUCUGUAGUUCAAGAGAGCAGUCAAUAUGGUACUGAUAGAAGUGCUGGGAUUUUACUUGUGCAAGCUGAUGCUCCCAUAAUUGUUCCAGGAAAUUCGCCAAAGCUCAAAGCUGUAGAGAUUGCGGCUGCUUACUCUUCCUUGUCUUUUGGAGUAGGAUAUUUUGGAAACUCUAUGGCACGGCCCAAGGUUUCAAUUCUUAGGAGUACGAAACAACAAAGCAAAACCGGGAUAGACCAUUUUGAAGCACGAAUUGAUCUUAUGGGUGAAAAAUUGCAGUGACUGCUGUUCAGUUUCUGGAUUAUCAGUCAUUUUCUUGUCGUUCAGUGAAGAACAGGGUAACCUCCUCAUUCAUGUUCAGAAUUGAAACUAAAGAUCAUCCAGCCAAUGUUUGGCGGGUAGUGGUAUUUCCAAAGAUUCCUUGUUGCUGAAGCUAAUGGAAGCUAAUGACCGAACGGAAUUGAAAGUCAAGAACAGGUGCUACCAACAAGAGGGCCCUAAUUAGACUGGCUGCAAAAUUUGAUGAUGCUUUUCACAAAUAAUUGGAUCAAUUGAUGGAUUAAAGAAUUUCAUUACAA